UGUCGUUCGCAGGCUCAGAUCGCCUUCCUGCAGGGCGAGAGACGCGGUCAGGAGAACCUGAAGAAAGACCUGGUGAGACGGAUCAAGAUGCUGGAGUACGCCCUCAAACAGGAGAGGGCCAAAUAUCAUAAACUGAAAUACGGGACAGAGCUGAACCAGGGAGAGAUCAAACCCCCCAGCUACGAUUCAGAUGAUGGGAAUGAGAGCGAGGCUCCCAGUCCUCCAAAUAGCAGCCAUCAGCUCAGCUGGAAACAAGGACGCCAGCUGCUCAGACAAUACCUGCAGGGUGGGUACACAGACACCAUCCUGGAUGUGAAGUCUCAGAGAGUCAGAGCACUGCUCGGCCUCACCGGAGACUCAGGAGAGAAACCUUCAGACACUAAAGCCGAACCCAUGGUCAACGGCACCGAACCGUCCUCUCUGAAGGACAGCGGCAUGGUCAGUAAACCGGACAUGUCCGACUCGGCCACCGUGUUGGAGGCCUUUAAGUUCAUAGAGAGCGCCGCAGCAGAGUUCAGCGAUGAUGAUGACGAGGAGGACAGCGAAGGAAGGGACAAGACCAUCUUAGACCUGGCUACAAUGGUACGAAAGAAACAGUCGUCUACACCUUCCUCCACGACCUCAGACCUCAGCGAUGACCCCGACACGGAGGAAGCUCUGAAGGGUUUCGAUUUCCUGGCGAGUCCAGACGAGCUGGACGGAUCACCCGAGUCCAGGAGUGGGGAGGACAGCGGAGAGUGGGAGAAGGAAGAGCAGUCUCCUCUGGGUGAGCUGGCCUGGGACGUGGACCAGGGACUGAUAGCCCAGCUCAAGGAGCAGUACAGGAAGGAGCGCAAGUCCAAGAAGGGGGUGAAGAGACCAAACCGCUCUAAGCUCCAGGACAUGCUAGCUAACCUGCGGGACGCUGAGGAGCUUCCCUCCAUGCAGCCGCCCGUCACGCCGCCCUCCCGCCCCGCUGUGCCCCGCCUGGAGCAGGAAGGCCGUCCUGAAGAGGAAGCCAUGACCUUCCUGCCGUCCUCGGGGAAGUCGUUCAUCCUGGGCCGGGUGGACGAGGCGGUCUCCAACGAGCUCGGACUGGGAGAACUGGCCGGACUCACCGUGGCCAAUGAGGCUGAGAGUCUGGGCUACGAU